AUGAAAAUUAAUUUAAAAAUAUUUUUAGUUACAUAUUUUAUAGUUUUUUUAGAAGGUUAUUUUUCGAUUUCUUUGUUAAGUAAGAGUGUUUUUCCUAGGGAAUUCACUAAAGCUGUAGAAAAACAUCUAAGAGAAGAUUAUGGGGAUAGAGAUGUUGCCAUUUUUAGGGAAAUCUUAAGAAAUUACAAAAACAAUGAUGUACUUUUGAGUCCUUCUGAAGAAGAAAACUUAAAAGCUUCAAUGAAAAAAUAUGCAGGAUCACAUUUUAUUGAAGAAUAUGAAAACUUAAUGGAUGAAAAAACAGUAGAUUCAAAAAGAACACUAGCAAAAUCAAUGAUAAAUUUAAUUAAACAGCAGUUUAUUAAAUUAAAAGAAAUAGAAGCACAAUAUGUUACACCUAAUUUUGAACAAUUUAAACAAGUUACAGAAUUAAAACCUGAAAUUUCAGAUCUAAGAGCAGAUACACCGUGUAGCACAGAUGCCGAAUGUAAAAAAUUGGAAAAUAUGAUGAAUAUAUGCACUUAUAUUAGAGGAGGGGCUGAUUUUGCUUAUGAUAUAUUUUUAGUAACAACACAUGUUGUUACUAGUAUGAUGGCUGUAUUAUGUGCUUGUAUUUUUAUUGGACCUGUACAUAUAUGCGCUUUGAAAAAUUUUCCGUAUACAUGUAAAUUACCCUAUCCUGUUUUUUCAACUUUAUUUAUGGCAACCUCAGCAGUAUGGGAAGUGGUAAAAGCUACUACUGCAUUAUGUAGAGUAUAUGGAGAUUUGUCAGUUAUGUCAAAAAUGUCUUGA